AUGUUCCCCGACGAGCUUAAUGGCCUGACGCCGGUCGAGGAGAAGCUCAUCUCGCUGAACUCGUGUUACGGCUUUGUGACGAGGUAUAGCAUUCCGGGCGGGCAGCGGCAGGCCGUGAGGUAUCCGAGACACGUCAAGGGCCACAUCACGGUGUUCCCAAACAACGUGCAGGAGCUGGCGAGAAAGGUGCUCCCGCACCCGCUCUUGCAAACAAUGGACGAGAUACAUGUCUCGUGGCAGGGCGCGGAGAAGCCAGCACCGAGCGACUUGUCGGGUCUCUUGUCGGUGAGGCGUCAAGUCGUCGAGAGAGCGCUUGUCUGGUUGAAGAAGAACAAUCCCCAUUACGCCGACAUUGAGAUCGACAAGGCGGAAAUGGAUAGUUGGGGAACCCCAUCGCACGGUGUGCCGUCGAUGGUGUACGGACGCAUGGAGCGGAACGAGCCGUCUGCGUGGGAGAAGACGCGAACGGCACAGGUCGUGCCGCCCGCAGAGCGGGCCAUGGACGGCGAUAGUUCGGCGGAGAUCGAGGAAGUCCUUGCUCGGCUCCACCAGGGACAAGACCCCGAAGACGGGGCCAAAAUGAUCAACGAGAUAACCUCUUCCGGCAUGUUUGCGUUGGACGGACCGCCGGACGUGUCGGACGCGGAGAAGCUCCGCUUUGCUUGCAAUGCCGUGAGCGGCGACGGGGCCGAGGACGGCCGGCCGGGGCCGAGGGCAUGGAUAAGGUCGGCGGGGGCAGGUCGAGGCGGUAUGGAUGUCUGUGAGCCGUACAUUCACGUUGGUCGUGGAGAGGAAUUCGCCGACUCGCUGGACGCCUCGUUCUUCGCCAAGACCUUUCCCACCCUAUUGCCGUUCGGAUUUGGAGGACCACGGCUGGCGGAGGAAUUCAUCCUAGGGCCGGAGGGGUCGGUCAAUCCGCGCGGUACGGCUGCCGGAGAAGAGACGGCCGCGCGAGAUCUCCUGUCGUCUCGGAACAUGAGCCUUCGGACGUGGGCCGGCAUCGUGCUGCGGCGCCAUGGUGGCCGAUUCGCGACGCAUGCCAUCUUCUCGUUUCUCCUUUUCAACAUGGACGUUGGCGGCGGCCAGGGUGGAGUUGAGAGCUCGGGCACGACCACCGAUGAUGGCGUGAAGGAGCUUCUAAGAUGCCUUUCGCUAUACGGCUACCGGCAGCCCAUGUCGAGGGAACUCCGUCUGAGCAUGCGACGCAAGAUCCAGUCACUCAUCUUGUGUCGUGGCGUGCCUGCAAUCUGGUUCACGCUCAACCCGAACGACAUCACGAACCCGGUGAAGCUGAGACUGGCGGCGUACCGCACACGUGAUCCUGAAGCGGCCGAGGCAUUUCUGAGAAGCCUCGACAUGGCGUUCAAACGUGCGCGGCUGGCCAUCUCGGACCCGUUGAGCUCGGCCGAAUUCUUCCACCGAGAGAUGACGUUGUUCUUCGAAAAUUACGUCAGAGUGGGCGAGGAGUCGGGAAAUGCGCAUCUAAGCUCAAUGCUUGUCGAUAUCCACGGCGAGGAUCAAGCGGCAUACCGAGAGCGCAUUGUCAGAUACGUCGACAGCGUCUUUUCCGAGGAUCUGGACCAGGAAGGUUUCUGCGCAAUCCAGGCAGAGCGAUCGGUAACAUCAGAUAUAUCGCAGUUGCUGGGCGAUGAACGGCAAUUUUCAGCCUCGUUCGACGAGGAAGCGAACUUCUGUGCCGGCGCGACGCAGAUCCAUACCCAUAGCCCGACCUGCGUCAAGUACUCGCUGGGCAAAGGGGGGCGCAAGAGUGAUUUAUGUCGUUUCAAGGCGCCGUGGGGACUGGUCGACGAGACGGCCUUCACGGGAGACGGCGUGCUGCGGAUUCGGAGGUCGCACAGCAUGGUGAAUCGGUGGAACAAGGCGAUUGCCGUGGGGCUUCGCCACAACCAUGACAUAUCCUUCAUCGCCACACAGCGCAAGACCAUGGCCCUCGUCUUCUACGUCACCAACUAUGCGACCAAGGUAGAGGACCCCGUGUGGAAGCGCGUCGUCGCGGCCGCGGAUCUCUUGCCUCCCAGAGCAGGCGACGGAAUGGCCGACGACGCGGAGGUUCGUGGAGGCGAAGGUGGCGGGGACGAUGGCAAACAAAACAGGACACGACAAUUCUUGAUGAAGGUGGCGAAUCGCGUGUUUACGGAGAGGCCGUUAUCGCAGGUCGAGGUUAUUGCGGAUCUUCUGGGAUACCCGACUGAACUGACGAAUAACGGUGCCUGGGCGUUCCUGAACGUUUCGGUGCUCUACUGGCACGUCUUCCGACAAUGGCCGCACCUUCGACGGGAAAGCGGCGCAUCCACUGCAGAUGGUUCCGUGGACGAGUCAAUACUCGUCGAAGAAGCAGGCCAGAGGAUUUGCCGCGUCGAGGCAUAUCGUCAUCGGGGAGAUGUCCUUCGAGGGCUGUGUCUCUACGACUAUAUUUCGCUGGUCAGGCUGAAGCGCAACGACACGGACAAGAGGCCCGCCGCCUGGGGGGAGGUCCCGCUCGAGAGCGGCUGGGCUCCGGGGAGCCGUUGGGUGCAGGUGCUCAGGCGACCGGGCAAGCAGGCCAUGGUCUGCCUCGAUGGGUAUUUGAGCAAGGAUUUCGACGAAGACGACGAAGGGUCGUGCUACCGAAGAGCGGCUGUGCAGCAUCUUGCGCUAUUCGUGCCGUGGGAGUCCUUCUUAGGUGAAGAAAGCGGUGGCAUCGACCGCAUAUGGAGGCGGGAACGAGCAGCUCUGGUCCCGAGGAUAUCAUGUUACGUCGAUAACGUGCAGUUGCUGCGACGGUCGGCCGAAGAUGCAAAGCGGGACGCCAAGCAGUGGGCAGCCUCAUCCGGGGACCGUGACGCCACGGCAGUACAUCCGGACGAGGAUGGCACUGGGAGGCGGGUGUCGAGCCUGGAUCGAAGCUCGAUCGGGGCGAACCAAAUCACGGCCGGCUCGCCAGAGCUCACGGCGAUGAUGCAGGAGCUCAGCCGCUUCCAGCAAUUGGCGUUGUCGUCGUCUUCCGAGUUCCAGGCCGCAAUACUAUCCGAACGGGGCCCAAGACGAAUCAACAUCCCGGGGCGGGCAUUCUCCGGAGCCAGAAUACCGCCGCAGAGUCAGGUUAGGGCCAUAAAGUCGCAGCAAACCUGUGCAUCCAGGGAGAGGGAGAAGAUGAUCCGGGGCAUACAAAGCGUGCCCACGGCAGCAGUGACUGAUCGUCGGGCGGCGGUGCGCAGCGUGCUCACGGGGUUCGGGGAUGACGAUAUCCAGAUGACGGCGGCGGACCUCGAGGAAACGGUAGAGGAGGCCAGCGCGGGAAUGGAGAUCCGGCUUGGCACCUCAACCUCCUUUAUCGAGGCGGGUAAGGCCCUGGUAGCGAGGUUCACGCUGAACAAGAAGCAGGCGAUCGCCUUCCUAAUCAUAUGCCGUCAGCUUGACCUAAUACGGCGCAGGGAAAAGGCAACGGACUGCAGCAGCACGGAUCAACGGCAUCACGAUCCACCCGCCUGCGGGUUCUCCAAAGAUCUCGCGGCAGUCGCAAACACGGGCAAGGAUCUCGACGGGGUGCGAAUGCCGAACCAGGCGGAGCGCACGGUUGUCUCGUGGGACAUGGACAACUCUUUCAAGGCCGAGCAACGGCACCAGCACGACAAGGCGCACGCGCUGUGGAAGAGGUUCACGGCGGUCGUCAUGCUGGACGAGCAAGUGCGCGCCGCCGACGACCCAGAGCUGCAGAGGCUGUUAAAGCGAAUCCGACUGGGUGUGCAGGACCGCACGGAUCUGGACCUCCUCAACACCAGGUGCUACCAGGAGGGUAGGCAGAUCCCGUGGGCAUCAGGCAUCACCGUGGUGACGCCGCUGAACAGGAACCGGUGGAACCUGAACAUGGAGGCCAGCUUGGCGUUCCAGAUCCAGCACCGGUCGACGUUACGCAUCUUCAUAUCCGGCCAUAAAUGGAAGGAGGGCUUGCCGACGGAGGAGGAGGCCAUCAUGAUCCUAAACCAGGGCGACGAUAGCGCAAUACCGGUGCCGGCCGUCUUCAUGUUCGUGCCGGGGAUGCCGGUCGUCGUGAACCACAACACCCACCAGGGGUUAAAGCUGGUGAACGGUGCCAGCUACGCGGCGCUGGAGGUUAUCCUCGACAAGUCGUACCCGGGGCAUCGCAUCUCGGCCGACAUGACGAUCCAUUUCGGCCGCCGGCGGGAUAAUGCUAGAGUCCGAGACGACGAAAGAUGUUCAAUUCGUCGGGAUGCCGCCAGGCACGAUCUUGUUGACGCCCAUGACCGUCAAGAUACAAUGCCAGCGAAAGAGGCCGUGGCAGCAGAACGACUGCAGGGCAGGACGCUCGAGCGUGUGGCUCUGGAGCUGCGGGGGACGCGGACGUCAAACAUCGAGGGACGCGCCGUGUCCUCGCAGUGCGACCCGUACAGCCUGUACGUGCAGCUGUCCCGCUGCCCGACGUUGGAUGGCAUCAUGCUCGUCUCCAAAGUGCGGGAGAGAGACUUGGUGGGCAACAAAGUCCCGGACGAGAUGACCGACGCAGAAGCGAGGCUGGGUCGGCUGAGUGACAAGACUGUUCGCGAGGCCUUGGAAUGGCUAGACGUUGAUUCCUUAGACCCUGCGGGCUUGCACGUGAAGCUAUCGUGA